CUUGCCCACCGGAACUAGCGGUGCACUUGUCACAUAUACAUAUCAACAAUGGCUAUAGCACACGUCGCGACAGAAUAUGUAUUUUCUGAUUUUUUAUUGAAAGAACAGAGUGAAUCGAAGUAUAAAGGCGUGCGGCUGGAAUUGGCCGUAGACAAACUGGUCAGUUUUAUCGCGGUUGGGCUUCCUUUGUUACUCAUCUCACUCGCCUUUGCACAAGAAGUCUCCGUGGGAACUCAGAUCACAUGUUUCCCACCCACUAACUUCUCAUGGCGACAGGCUGCCUAUGUGGACUCCUUCUGCUGGGCUGCAGUGGAGAGCCAGCCCAGGGAGGAUGGGGAUUACAGCGCCCCCCUUCGACUGCAUAAGUUCUUUCCUUAUAUCCUUCUGCUGGUUGCAAUCCUCAUGUAUAUUCCUGCUCUCUUCUGGCGUUUUACGGCUGCCCCUUCCCUCUCCUCUGACCUCAGUUUUAUCAUGGAGGAACUUGACCGUUGCUAUAACCGUGCCAUCCGCCUUGCCAAGAGCCUCACGUCCAACCUUGAAGGCAAAGACAUAGCAGAGGACCCACACAGUGGUUUUGAAUUGACUGAAGGUUGUUUUAAAUACCCUCUGGUAGAGCAGUACCUAAAGACAAAACUUACUUCAUGGGCUUUGGCUGCAAAAUAUCUCCUUUGUCGGGUUUUAACACUCCUCACUUUACUGCUGGCUUGCUUUUAUCUGACCUACUACAUCUUUUGGGUAUCACCCAGUGACCAGUUCUACUGUAACCUGCGCACAGGUAUAUUAGUAAAUGAGAGUGGGGUACCAGAUGCAGUGCAAUGUAAGCUAGUAGCAGUAGGUGUGUUUCACGUCCUAAGUUGCAUUAAUCUGGCGGUAUAUGUACUGUUAGUACCUGCUGUGCUUUCCGCUGCCCUCCAGCCUGCCCGCCAGCACCAGCGUGCUCAGUUCCUCCGUCCCUACUGCCUACUGCCUGCUUUCGGUCAUACCCUGGAUUUACAGCCGACUACACGGCGCUAUGAUGACCUCGGUAUCUACCUGCUGUUCUUGGAGGAGAACUUGAGUGAGCUCAAGAGCUACAAAUGUUUGCAGGUAUUAGAGCUACUGUCAGAGGGAGGGGAUGCAGCAUUUGACACCAUGUGUCUCCUCAGGACUCUGGGACAAGUGAGGACUGACAUGGUGGACAGGAAACAAUACCAAACUACCGAUGGAAAGACUCAGUCAACUAAGAUAGAAGUCUCCUCUGAACUAAAGGAUGUCUCUUCUGUUCUGAUGGACGAUGGUGUACAGACAGCAAAAAGCUGCAGCUGUGUGAAAGAUGUAAGACACAGGGUUGUUUGAAAUAUAUAUAUAUAUAUACACAUACACUCACCAGCCACUUUAUUAAGUACAUCUGUACAUCUACUUAUUCAUGCGAUUAUCUAAUCAGCCAACCAAAAGAUAUGGGUCAGGAGCUUCAGUUAAUGUUCUGAGUAUUUCUGUAACUGCUGAUCUCCUGGGAUUUUCACGCACAACAGUCUCUAGAGUGUAAAGAAAAUGUUGCAAAAAACAACCAAUUAGCGGUGGUUUUGUGGAUGAAAAUGCCUUGUUGAUGACAGAGGAGAAUGGCCAGACUGGUCCAAGCUGACAGGAAGGUGACAGUAACCCAAAUAAACAUGUUACAACAGUGCUAUGCAGAAAAGCAUUACUGAAUGUACAACACCUUGAACAUUGAGGCGGAUGGGCUACAGCAGCAGAAGACCCCUCCGGGUACCACUACUGUCAGCUAAGAAUAGGACACUGAGGCUGCAGUGGGCACAUGCUCACCAAAACUGGACCGUAGAAAUUGUAAAAACAUCACCUGGUCUGACAAAUCUGGAUUUCUGCUGUGGUACACAGAUGGUAGGCCCUCACCUUUCUGUUCUUGGCUGACAGAAGUGGAACCCGAUGUGGUCUUUUGCUUUUGUAGCCCAUCCGUUCGCCUCAAGGUUCGACAUGUUGUGCAUUCUGAGAUGCUAUUCUGCUCACUACAAUUCUACAGAGGGGUUAUCUGAGUUACCUUAGCCUUUCUGUCAGCUUGAACCAGUCUGGCCAUUCUCCAUUGACCUCUCUCAUCAACAAGGCGUUUUCGCCCACAGAACUGCAGCUCGCUGGAUGUUUUUGUUUUCACACCAUGCUCUAUACACUAGAGACUGCUGCGCGUGAAAAUCCCAGGAGAUCAGCAGUUACAGAAAUAUUCAAACCAGCCCGUCUGGCACCAACAAUCAUGCCAUGGUUGAAAUCGCUGAGAUCACAUUUUUCCCCAUUCUGAUCUUUGAUGUGAAUAUUAACUGAAACUCCUGACCCAUAUCUGCAUGAUUUUAUACAUUACAUUUCUGCCACACGAUUGGCUGAUUAGAUAAUCACAUUAAUAAGUAGAUGUA